GCUCCGGGGUACAUACAUACACAUAUAACACAAGAUAAUAAACAUAAAAAACCAAACUAACACACAUAGAUUGAGUAAGAUAAAGACAUUAAUAUGUAUUUACAUAUGUAUCCAUUAAUGCGUCGAUUGUCACACUUAAGGCACUGUUAAAGUCAUCACCUUCCGUUAUCUGGUGCUGGCUUUUUUUUGGCACAAAUAAACAACCGUAUAUAUUAUGAUACAUAGUUAAAAACGGCACAGAGUGGGGCUGUACAUGUUGCUGUCAGUGGGCAGCGAGGCCUCCUGCUCAUCCCCGCCCCCAACGCAAUGUUGACCAAAAUCCAGCAUGAACAUUCACUCAACUUAUUAGCACACACACUAAACUAUAGCCCCUGACACCCAGCUUUAGUGCGCAAAACUCCAACACAGCACUUACUGAACGGGAUAAAGAGUUGGACAAGGAGUUGAAGGGAUGUCAAAAAGUGAGACAGAGGAGAUGAUUGAAAUUGAGAUUGAUGGACGGGAGAAACAGGAGUGUCUAGAGGAAGGGAUCGAGGAGCAAACCAUCACAGCAGCUGAACUGAUUACUCAAGACAUUGACAUCAAUGAGCCGAUCGGUGACCUGAAGAAGUUACUGGAGCCUCGUCUUCAGCUCCCGCUGGAUGGAUAUGACAUUUGUCUGCAGGACAUCCUAUUGCAUCCUGAUCACAGCCUGUUCGAUCAAGGAGUGAAGACAGAUGGUACAGUACAGCUCAGCGUGCAGAUUGUCACGAAACCGGGUGAAGAAAAAUUGAAUAUUCUGGAGAUUGUGAAACCAGUGGAGACUGUGGAGGUGGUGAUUGAUCCAGACGCAGUUGCUGGCGAGGAAGCCCAUCUGGUGGAGGAUGGACACAUGAUUGCGGUGGAGCGAGCCGCCAUUCCUGAUGAGACUUCAGAGCAGGUGACCCGCUGGGCGGCCGCAUUGGAAGGGUACCGCAAGGAGCAGGUUCGACUGAACAUUCCCUAUGACCCGGUGCAGUGGACAGCAGAUCAGGUGAUCCACUGGGCAGUUUGGGUUAUGAAAGAGUUCGGCAUUGAGGAAAUGGAGGUGGGUGGCAUUCACAUUCCCGGCCGCCAGCUCUGUGGUUUCAGCCAGGAGGAGUUCCUCCAGAGAGUGCCCAGCGGAGAGAUCCUGUGGAGCCACCUGGAGCUUCUACGCAAGUAUGUACUUGCGAGUCAGGAUCAGGGUCAGGAAGCAACAGUCACCAUUGAUCAACCUGUGCAGAUCAUUCCUGCCCCUGUGCAGCAGGCCACACCUACAGCCAUUAAGGUGAUGAAGCACAACAAAACACCCCGAGCCCCCCGUAUCUCAGGAGAGGAGCGCAGCUCCCCUGGCAACCGCACAGGUAAUAACGGUCAGAUUCAGCUGUGGCAGUUUCUUUUGGAGUUGCUGACGGAUAAGGACUCUCGGGACUGCAUUUCCUGGGUGGGAGAGGAGGGCGAGUUCAAACUCAAUCAGCCUGAGCUGGUAGCUCAGAAAUGGGGUCAGCGCAAGAACAAGCCCACCAUGAACUACGAGAAGCUAAGCAGAGCUCUCAGGUACUACUAUGACGGAGACAUGAUCAGCAAAGUGCAGGGCAAGCGCUUUGUCUACAAGUUUGUGUGCGACCUGAGGACUCUAAUCGGAUACAGCGCUGCAGAGCUCAACAGCCUGGUGACGGAGUGCGAACAGAAGAAACUCGCCCGGGUGCAGCUGCACGGCCUCGGCCAGUCCGUCAACACAGUCACACUGGCCACUGCCACAGGCCAGCCCGUCACCACAGUCACUCUGGCUGCAGCAGCUUUGGAGAAAGACAGUUGAGGAGGGAGUGGCUUAUUAUUCCCAGCCAAUCAGGAGACAAGUUUAAGACGGGAGGAAACCGGGUUCGACAUUUGACUUUGGGCAGGGUGGGAAACAGCGGGUUUGUAAGCAGAUGUGCGCAUUGUUGCGAGUGUGUAUGUAUGCUUGAGCAUCCUUAAAAUGCUUAUAGAGCGAAUGUUUGUGUGGAUGUGAGAGAUAAAGUAUAGAUGAUCACGUAUGAGCUUUCAUUUUUUUGUAUGCUUGUUCUCUGACUGCAGGGUAGCAUCGGCUAUAUUUCCAUUGUAUAUACUCUGUUUUUGAUAGCCACGUGGGCAGUGUAUUUUGAUAUUUUCCAUUUGUAGAGGAUCUUUUCUUUUUUAUUUUUGAGUGUCCAAUUCCCUCAAGGUGAGGUAUUUUUGACUGUCCACCAGAGGGCAAUAAAGAGAGUUGUUUUUUUUAAUUGCCCAGGUCUUGCAUAAUGCAGCAGAAAUCAAACACACCCUUUGUUUCUUGUUUGUGCACCAAACACCACAUCACAAGGAGUUUGUAUGUACAUUCAAAACUUUAUUCAUGGAUUAGUGUUGUAGAAAGCUUUUCCCCUUCUAAGCCAAUGGUUUGAAUAGACAUUGAAGGAAAAUGUCACAGAAAGAGCUUUCUUUGUUCCCUACUGACCACAGACACUCACCUCAGAGUAUCUACUAAUCAGCACAACACCAGAUUUUAGAGCUAAGGUAAUUCUAUACAGGAACGUAAUGAGCAGUGUGCACUGUGACAUAACUGCACAAUGUUUGAAUUGGUUAAUGGCUGUGCCUCAUACAAUGUAUUUUACAACAGUUCACAAUUUCCUUCAACAUCAUGGCACUUUUGAAAUAACUAUUAAGAGGUCAUUCAAAAGACCGCAUGGCAUGAAUUCAUUACAUUAAUAUUUCAUAUCUACCCGUUCCUUCCUGUCUGCUCUGGCCUGUAAGGUGCUAUGAGAUACUUCAGUGAAACGAUAAAAGAGGGGGAGGUGGUGAGGUGUUUCUGUCCCAAAAUGUGUUCGUGAAUAUCACAGACACUGGGGGAAUACAAGAGGGCAAAGUGGGACAAAAAAUAAAUAAAUCACACAAUCCAAAAAUGGUGGCUAUUUCUGAAGCAAAAUCCCACCAGCACUCCAUACCGCCCUUCCCUAAUCCCGGCCCCAUACCAAAUCCCGACAUGGAAUAAAACUUAAUGAGGCAAAAAGGGUCUAGACCCUUCAAAAAAAA